GGCCGAGUCGUCAGUCCCGCCCUCGGUUCUUUCGCGCGUUCGGUCAGUCUCCGUUCGACGUUCGAACGGUGUGGUGUGAUAGCGCGUGCGCGCACCGUUUACUGUGGCGUACUGCGAGGUAAUCAUGGACGCGCCCGGCGGAGCGCGGGAGCCCCGCUUCGGGUCGCCGUACGGCAUGGGACUGCUGGGGGACGUACCAGACAUGUACAACACGGGCCGGCCGCCCAGCGCGCUCGGCGGAGGCCUGCGGGCCGGCAUGCAGGCCUGCCCGGUGCCCCGGGGGGUGAAGAGACCCUCGGACCAGUGCUACGACGACAGACCCUCACAGAGCAUGGGCUUCGACCCCGGCGCCAUGCCCGACAUGGCCGACGACGGCUACGCCUCCCUCCAGCCCAAGAAGUCGCCGCCCUCCAACGGCAAGAAGACCAAGGGUCGCGUCAAAAUAAAAAUGGAGUACAUAGACAAUAAACUCCGGCGGUACACCACAUUCUCCAAGCGGAAGACCGGGAUCAUGAAGAAGGCGUACGAGCUUUCGACGUUAACGGGCACACAAGUGAUGUUACUAGUGGCGUCGGAGACGGGCCACGUAUACACGUUCGCGACGCGGAAACUCCAGCCGAUGAUCACGUCGGACUCCGGCAAGCGGCUCAUCCAGACCUGCCUCAACUCCCCCGACCCGCCCACCAUCAGCGAGCAGCGGAUGGCGGCGACGGGCUACGAGGAGACGGAGCUCACGUACAACGUCGUCGACGACGAGAUGAAGGACGAGAAACUGAACGGAGACCGAGAGAGCUCUAAGGACGAGCCGGCGUCAUCCGGGGACAGCGGGGACGAGAGCGGCAGCGAGCCGGACUCGCCCGGGGACAAGCUGCGGGACAACACAUACAAGAGCUGGACCAACGACGCACACGACAGGGAUAGCCAUAGGGAAUCUCAAGACAACAUCCCCUCCACAUCGUCUUCCAACCCUGAGCCCGAGAGCAGCAAGGCGCCGUCCCUAGCGAAGAUACUGCCGAAGAUCGAGCUACCAGGAGGCGCCAUGCUGUACCCCCCAGCCAUGAUGGCCGGUAUGCCAGGCCUGGAGAACCUGGGCACCAACCUGGGCCUGGGGAACUUGGGAAUGGGAUACCCGCCCGGCUUUAUCCUGAGUCUACCCAAUCAGACACAAGAUGGCGCGUCAUCAUCAUCAACACCACAGUUCAUCACCAUCCCGCUGUCGAUGGCGAUGCCCAACGGCUGCUCCAGCGACGACAGCAGCGAGCUGCAGGACCUCAGCACCGGGGGACGGAAAUGAUGGCGCUGCCGGCAGAGUUUCACUCAAAUCUCACCAAUCUUCCUGAUAGACCAAAAUGGAUCCGAGACAGGGGUUGCGAACAUUUGGUGCGCGUGACAAUAAAAAUAUGCUAUACUUGCCGUUAGAAAAUUUUAUGUAAAUAUACUUGAAAUAAUCAAAAUGAAUAAACCUAGGCAUAUCAUAAUUGAAUUUUCAAUUGGUUCUAAAAGUUUGAGGUUCU